UGAUGCUCUUCGGGUAGGGCGGGCCGGGUGGCAAGGUGGGGAACCACUUUUCUUUACCUUUUCUGCGUUACUUGGAUGCCUUACCUAGGGGUGUAAACCAAGCCCGGUGUCCACCAAGUCCCCGCCGCUCAGCCCCAGGGAUCAGGGCGAAGUGCAGUGCUACUGAGGCAUCUGCUGCUCCCUGCCUGUCUCUCCAGUUCUCCAAGGACAGCAGGCCGUUUUCAGGGGGUGAUCGAGGGGGGUGGGGCGCGAUGAGACGACCUCUUCAAGGCCAGGGUCCUUAUGGUGGUAUAGGUCGACGAGAGAGGCCUUUGGCAAGCAUGGGAUGGUCUGGAAGGUACCUUGUCAUCAAAGAAAAAAAAAAUCCCGCCACCGACAUUUGUAUAUUUAUGAUGGCGGUGGGCAGUGGAUGAGGGGAAGCUUGACAAGUGGCCGAGGCCGGUCUAGUUGGACACAGUACUUUGGGAGAUCAGUGAGUUACUUAGAGACCUGUCUGGAACCGCUGUAAAGCCAGAGAGGGCUGUGGUUACAGGUUAGGUGCUCACAGAGGGCUUGGAAUUAAUAAAAUAAAAUCCCGGUUGGGUGUGGAUCCCUGGGGCCCUGAGAGACGUAAGGAAGACCCCUGUGGUGGGUGCGGGGGACUCCUAGAGAACAGGGACACGAGGAAAGGGGAUGGCGGGCCAGCAGCUUGGCGUCGGAGGCGCAGGCACGGUCCCUGACGGGCGGGCGGCGGGGGGUCUCUUGUGUCGCCUGCAGGGCGUGGGCAUCGGAGCCCAGGAGGCCUCGCGCGCCAUGGCGGACCGGCUCGCAGGCCCGGGGGCCGGGGACUGGGAGAUCGACGUGGAGAGCCUGGAGCUGGAGGAGGACAGAUGCGGGGCGCCGCCACUGGCCGACGGGGAAGGCGAGGACGACGAAGACGACGAGGAGGAGGACGAGGACGCAGAGGAAGAGGCCGACCGGGAAGAGACGGGCGCACGCCCCGGGGCGCCGGGCGGGCCAGAGCAGCCGGGAGGACAGUCUCCGAGGCCGCCGGCCGUGCUUCCCGCCCCGCCAGCCGCGGCCGGGCCCUCGGAGCGCGGUGCAAACUCGGGCAGCGUUGCGGAGCCUCGCAAGCUCAGCCGCACGCCCAAGUGCGCGCGCUGCCGCAACCACGGCGUGGUGUCCUGCCUCAAGGGCCACAAGCGCUUCUGCCGCUGGCGGGACUGCCAGUGCGCCAACUGCCUGCUGGUGGUGGAGCGCCAGCGGGUCAUGGCCGCCCAGGUGGCGCUCCGGAGGCAGCAGGCCACCGAGGACAAGAAAGGGCUUUCUGGGAAACAAAAUAAUUUCGAACGAAAAGCAGUGUACCAGAGGCAAGUCAGGGCACCUAGUUUGCUGGCCAAAAGCAUUUUAGAAGGCUAUCGCCCUGUAACAGCGGAGACAUACCUGGGAGGGACCCUACCUCUACCUCCCCCAGUUAGUGACAGGAUGAGAAAAAGAAGAGCCUUUGCUGACAAAGAGUUGGAGAACAUUAUGCUGGAAAGAGAAUAUAAAGAGAGAGAGAUGCUGGAAACUUCCCAAGCUGCUGCCUUGUUCCUGCCCAACCACAUAGUGUCUGGACCUGAAUACAGCUCCUACAAAAGUGCCUACAGCCCCACCCCAGGGGAGCUGCCAAGCAAGGACUUCUGCAGUUUUUUGCCCACCUGCCUUGAUCUCACCAUGCAAUACUCAGGAUCCGGGAAUAUGGAACUGAUUUCCUCUAAUGUUAGUGUGGCCACGACUUACCGACAGUAUCCUUUGUCCUCAAGAUUUUUAGUUUGGCCCAAAUGUGGCCCAGUUAGUGACACCCUUCUCUACCAACAAUGCCUUCUAAAUGCUACCACCUCAGUUCAAGCCCUGAAACCUGUGGCCAGCUGGGACUUGAAGGGAGCAAGGGCCCAGGAUGAACUCAGCGCAGAACACAACAUGAUGCCACCGAAAUUGGAGAGCUCCCUGGUGUUGCAUCACCCUCCUGAGGUCCAGACCUCAAGAAUUGACUUUCAGGGUCACCAGGCUGCCCCCGAGAGGUCUGCCUUCUCCUCACCCCAACGGAAUUUCUCUCCCAUUGUUGACAGGGACUCCCUGGAAGCUCAAGGGCACGCCUUAACCAAGAUCAGCAAAGAAAAUACUAGGCACCCGCUGCCACUUAGAAAUAAUCCAUUCCACUCUUUGUUCCAGCAAACGCUUAAUGACAAAUCAGGUCCCGAUCUGAAAACACCAUUUGUCAAAGAGGUCUUUGAAGAGACCCCAAAGAAGCACAGAGAGUGUUUGGUCAAGGAGAACCAGAAAUACACAUUUACAAUAGAUAGAUGUGCAAAAGACCUUUUUGUAGCCAAACAAGUUGGAACAAAACUCUCGGUGAAUGAACCGCUGUCAUUUUCUGUUGAGUCUAUUCUUAAGAGGCCUUCAUCUGCCAUCACCCACGUCUCUCAGUGAAAGGGUGCUUAAAUGGAAAGGUGGAUUUUCUGCUGUCUCAGAUGGUUCUUGCCAAACACUUAUUUUUUUUUAAAGUUAAAAUGUUUGUAUAAAGAAAUUUUUAAUGUAAAUAAUGAUUUCUAAAAAUUCUAUAUAUUCAUAUGCAUGUACGUUUUCUUAUCACAUAAAUAUAUUUAAACUUAAGGUAGAAAUUGCUUAAUGUGCAGAUUGUAGAGUUCUAUGCCGUAUACAGCAUUUGAAAAAGGAAUAAAACUGAUACUGUCUUCUAAAAGAUCCAGUGUUUGCUAAGCAAAUAGCUGUCUCUGGCUAGAUGAAAAAGCUAAUGUCUGUUAAAUGUGCCCUUUAUUUUUCGAAGUUUCUGUGUAUUUUCAAGUGCCAUUAAUGGUCACUGGGAGCUACAGGAGAAGUCUUAUAAUGUUUUAGUUUUGCUUUCUUUUCCCCCCCUCUGUGCUUUCUAGGCAAGCACUCUAUCACUGAGCUCUAUCUGCAUAUCUAGUUUUGCAUUUGGAAGGACAUAUAAAUUUAGCUGUUCAAGACAGAGGUAAAAAAUAGCUUUUAAAGAGAAUUUUAAGACUAUUUGCCUAUCAUGGAAUCAAUUUCAUAUGGUUGGGCAAAGUUGAAAUAAUGUGAAGGGAAAUCAAGUAUAACAUCUUAUUUAUAUGAUGAUGCGGGCUCUUGGAAUGGAUUUAACCUCCAGGGCCCAGUUUCCUUCUGUGUACAGGCUGUGUAUGGGGGUCUCAAGCCUCCUUUUUAGGAAAGGAGCAUCCCUUGAAGAUAUUUAGUUCCUGUGAACAUUCUAUGAUUUUGGGUUGCUGGGGACUGCAAAACAACUUCCCCUGAAGGGUGCAGUCUGUUUAGCUCAUGGUGAUAACAAACACCCUGUGGCUUUUGUGUAUGUCCCUGUUUGGGAAGGACUGGUAUCAGCAGGCAUUUAGAUGCAGGCCCAGUCUCCGAACUCAGGUUUAUGCCUUUCACACUUACACCGGUGGGUGUCCAAGGUUUUCUUCUUAGAUAAAAGCAUUUACUAUUCAAACCGCUGAAAGUUGCUGAUGUUUGUCUCAACUCAAGGGUGGCUUCUGGGGUCUUAUACCUUUUCUCCCCUGUUAAAUUCCUUGUUACCCCGUUGUUGUUACAUACACUUGAUGAAAUAAGAGUGAGAUAUUUAUAGGAGUAUUAAAUUAAUCUCUUAAGAUCUCAUCUGUGAAGCCCAGAUUCUGGCUUCCCAUUUUAGGUUCUAAGAUGUCAAGGUUUCAAUACAGAAAACAAAGAGCCAAUAUCUCACCUUCAGUGCUGCCCUGGAGAACACCAGGGGACAUGUGGAAUGUGCCAAGUGAUUUAGCAGUUUAAAGGUAUUCUGUCUUAUUCUUAAAAACACUUAAAAUUAUUUAAAAAUGAUUUUGCUAUUGAUGAGUUCAUGUAAACCUCUGUAGGUUUUCUAAAUUGUUCCUUAAUAUUAAUUUCAAAAACAACAAGCCAAAACUUGGGUUAAUUUUCAGUUUGUUCCUGUAAAACAAUAGUUGGUUUUGUUGAGUCAAAUCUACUUAUUUUUACUAUUGCAAAAGCCCGAAUAAAUGGAAAUUUUCCAGGAGAAGAAAUAAAAGCAGGCAGAGAUUCCAAUAACUGUUGAAGAUUAUCAUUAAGUGGAUGAAAAUGUUUCCCAGCCAAGUAUACCCUAGUGUUAGAGACUGAAUCUAACUUGCUUCUCUCCCAGUCACCUCUGCUUCAGCUAUAGUUACUAGUUUUUGUCUUCCUAUCAGAAAUGUAUUUUUUUCAUGUUGUGUUAACCAUAAACCUAGUAUUAAAUCACACUGUUUCAGGAGGGAAGCAGG